CAAACUAGGCCUCAAAUAAGACAGAAAAAACCCCUUACAACCACCAAUUCCUCUUCUCUUUGUGGCUUCAAUUUCUUCAAUGUUGGCACUCCCAUUAUCAUUCAUUCCUCCUUAAAACUAACCUCAUUAGUUCACUCUUAAACACCAAUAUUAUCCAUAUUCCAACACCCCAAAAAAUACACUACCAUACAUAUCAUGGAUAUUUGGUCAUGGAUAUCUGAACUCCCCAACUCAGUUGAGUGGAACCAGUCCGACUCUGACUCCGACUCACCACCGAUAUUCGAACUCGCUAGUUAUAAACAGCUAGGUGACGACGAUUCAACUCGCUCUAUUUACCUCAAAGCAGAACGAACUUUAAGUUCAGACUCGGAGCCAGUAGUAACCUUCAUGGUUUUCUUACAAGGCUUUCAUCCAUUUGACACACAAAAACCACUUUGGGUUUCUGAAAAGUGCACAAUCUCUUCAGAAAAUCCUAAUUUUCUCCCUCUUCUUCUUCAACUCCUUCAAGAAAUCAUAUCAAACUCACCCACUGCACAUGAUAGCACAUGUCCAAGGUCUCAGCUUCAAAAACUGAAACCUGAACCCAUCGCAUGGAUCAUAGACUCGCACACACCGGAAUCUCUCUCCAUUUUCUUCAACCUUGUUUUCACCAUUCGUCUAUUCUGGCUAUGCGCUUUUGAUGCGCCUAGCGAAGCUGGUUCUCUCUAUUUUCACUCACUCCUCGCGCCAAUUCUCGAAACGGCGUCAUCUAAGAAACUAGCUUCGGUUCUAAGAACCUUCUUCAUAACCGUAGGUGUAGACACUGAACUAUGUUUCAUGCGCACCCUUGGGUAUAUAAUAGCAAAAUGGUGCAUUAUUAGAGAGUUAGGCGUAGGAUUACAAACACUUGUUCCUACAAUGACGUGGCGAAAUCCAAAAUUCUCUUAUGCGGCGGAGUCUCAUGGUUUUUGGAUUCUGAAAGGCUACGCGCCAGUUAUGACGAUGAAACUGGCGCGAAGCAAUGAGCAAAAAAGUAAAUUUCAUGGUUUAGAUGCUAAGGAGUCGAUAAUCAGAUACGGUAUGGCGCACCACCAACUGGAGGCACAUGUGCAGUUAGAGUACACCGUUGGAUUUUUUGAUGGAUUCAUUCAGGUUAAUGCACGUGUUGAUAAUAUACGUCUCCACGUGGCGAGGCUUGGUUUUAAACAUGGUGAUGAUGUGGAUUUUGCUGAGGAGAAACAUUUUCCUUCUCGAGCUCGGGUUUGGGUUGGUCCAGAAAUUGGAGCAACUUAUGUGGCGGGUUUGAGUUUGGGCCGGUCCACGGAGAAUAAUGAGAGAGAAGUGGAAAUUGAGAAAGUUGUGAAGGGUAAUUUUGAGAAAUCUACGAUUUCAAAGGUGAAAGCGUCUGCGAAGUCUUCAAGGAGAAUGAAGACUAGGAGUUGGAGAAUGGAUCAAGAAGCGGAGGGAAAUGCAGCGAUAUUUGAUGUUGUUUUGCAUGAUAAUAUGACGGGCCAAGAAGUGGGCUCAUGGAGGCCUACGGGUGAUGACCCAGGUCAUGGAUUGAGGGGAAGAUGUGUCGGGGCAAAUAGACCGUUCAGUAAGAGCGGGGCGGUGGUGAUAGCUGGGGAUGAGUAUGGAGAAGAAGUAGGGUGGAGGGUUAGUAAAGAGAUGGAAGGGAGUGUGUUGAAGUGGAGGAUAGGGGGUGAGUUUUGGGUUAGUUAUUUGCCUGACCAAGCUAAAGGUUCUCAUUUUGAAACUAGAUAUGUUGAAUGGUGUGAUGAAGUUGAUUUGCCUCUAAUUCAUGGAAAAUUACUUUGAUUAAUGUAUGUAAAUAACUAUAUAUUGAACUAAGCUGUAUGGUACUUUAAUUUGGUUUAGGCUCCAACAAGGAGUAGUAUAUAUGUAAGUCAUUAGUGAAAUAAAUGCUUUAUGUAUAUGUAUACAAGUACUUUCUUUUACUGUUACUGGAUUUAUAUAUAGUUACACAUCUGAUCUAA